AUAUGUUUGAUUUAAAAGAUACAAGAGCACUUAUGAGGACUAGAUUAAUCACAACAAAAAGUAUACUACUUUUUGGCUUAUGAAUGAUUAUUAUAAACCCAUGAAACCUCCAAAAUCCAAACACUAUGAGAAGACUUGUGGCUUCAUGAGGAGAUGGAAGUAGAGAUCCAGAAGAAGAAUGAGAUGAUGGAGGAUCUGCGAGUGGAGAUGGGUGUAGUUUUAAUUGAUUGGUGGAGAUUGGGUUUAGUUGAACAGGAAUGAAUCCAGAUGUAUGCACACUUAUGUGAGGAAAUGGAGUUCAGGAUGGAGUUGAAGAGUGAGAUGAUGGAGAUACUAAUAGCGGAGAUGGAUGUUCAGGCUGAGUUGUUGAAAGUGGAUAUGAAUGAGUUGGGUAUCCAUCAACAUGUAACUUAAUCUGAAGUAACGGAAGUCAAGAUGAUUCAGAACAAUGAGACGAUGGUAAUAUAGCCAAUGGAGAUGGCUGAGAUGCAAACUGCAACACUGAGCCUGGCUAUGAAUGCUCAGGCUUCCCAUCAACAUGCAACCUUAUUUGUGGAAACGGAAGACAAGACUCUUCAGAACAAUGAGAUGAUGCUAAUAACAUUGAUGGAGAUGGAUGUACCCCCGACUGCCUAAUUGAGUCUGACUGGCAUUGCUCUUCUACUUACCCAUCAGUGUGUUCACAAGAAGUCUGAGGUAAUGGUAAGAUUGAGAGCAAUGAGACUUGUGAUGAUGGUAACACAAUCGACGAAGAUGGGUGAAGCAAACAGUGUAAAACUGAACAGUUUUAUAACUGACAAGGAACACCCUCAAUAUGCAAGAUUGGAGUGAUCGAAGCUUCUGAAAGCGUACAAAUGGUAGGUUCAACCAUGCAGUCUGUUCUCAAUGCAGGAGUCGGCAUACAACUAGUUAUUGCUGUCGUGUUAGGUCAGAGUUUGGCUUCGAUGUGGAUACUUGUCAACACAAUUCAGCUUAUUAAUUACUCUGCAAUGAUGAGUUUGUAUUUUCCGAAGGUUAUUGUGACCACGUACAGGCAUCUUGGAAGCAUGAACUUUCAAAGUGAAGUGCUUUCAGAUAUAUACAUGUUGCAUAUCGAUGAAUCAAAGAUUGAGAAUAAGUCAUCUUGGGAUUACAGGUUUGAAAACCAAGGAGUAGAAUCGACCAACAUUUUAGUAAAUUGAUCCGACACAUUCUGAAGUGUUCUCUUGAUGGUAAUAUUUUAUCUAUUGAUAUGGCUCUUGUCCCUCUGCAUAGAGACACCAAGCAGAAGUGAGAAAGUUGAAGCAGCUAUAUACAGAUCCAAAGAGAAGAACCCUACCUGCUGAACGAGAGUUAAGGAGCAUCUCAAGCAAAGAAUCAGGAAUAUCUCCAGCUCAACAACAAUGCUAUUUAAUACUUUUAUCAGAAUCAUCUUUGAAGUGUUUCUUGAUGUCUGCUUUGCUAGUAUUUAUAAUAUUUAUGAUCUCCAGUGGCAGACCUAUCUAGACUAUUACUCAAAUAUUGUGGCGUUGUUCUGGCUGUUCAUCUUUGCGAUCACUCUUCUCAGUCUUCCGAUCAUAUACUUCUGAACUCCAAGCAACAGACCCAAAGUCCACCCCAGAGUCAAAGUGUUGUUCGAAGACUUCAAACCCUCAAGCAGAUUCUACAUGCUCGACCAUGUGGUGUUCAUGCUCAGGAGACUUUUAUUUGUGGGAACUAUUAUCUUUGGGUGGAAUCACGGAAUUCUCCAAGCAUCGAUUCUGUCAGUGUCAUCAGUGGGAGUGCUGACUUGGAAGAUAGUGGUGAGGCCAUAUAAGAGAGCAGUCGUAAACUUUCAAGAAGCACUAUUUGAGGCAUCCUUCACUAUUAUAUCACUGAUAUAUCUUAGAUUCACUAAGGAAAAUGAUGAGCUAUCAGAUUCAAGAAGCACUCAUAUUUUUGGAAUAGUUUGAGUUAUUUUGGUCUUCAAAAUGAUCUUGAUAAACAUUAUAGUUACUUUUUCAGAUUAUUUUAGCAGUGCAAAAGAAUCAUGAAGCAAGCGAAGUGUAAGAGACAAACUAUCCCAUCACCCAAAAAUUACUAGAUAUACUUGUGAAAGGCAAAGAGCAAAGCAUAUAAAUCAAGAGUCACACAUAAGGCAAGAGAACUUAUCUAAAAUUUCCUUAAAAUCAAGACCAAAUUCAAAAAUCAUCCUUACUAAAAACCUCUCCUCGAACCCUCUCCAAAAAAUGACUCGAAACAACCCUUCUCCAGGCCUAAACCCCUAAAAACUAUU